AUGCAGGUCUUCUGGACUUGGCAAAAGCAUUCGAUAGGGUGCCUCAUAGUAUUAUACGGUGGGCGCUACGAAGAUGAUGUUCCGGAAGAAUAUAUUGAAUGGAAUAAAAUGAACUACCACGAAACAGCCACUUGCAGACAGCAGCCGGCCGCUCAAAAGUGUUCCUCAUCACUGCCUUCAUCAAGGUUCGGUGCUCUAUCCCUUGCUCUUCAUCACGGUGACGGACGCAGUAACGGGCCUCCUAUAACCGCCAUGCCCCUCUAUGCUGAUGAUGAAGUUGCUGGCAGAUAG